AUGUCUUCCUGGGUGUCCCUAUGGCCCAGUGAAAGGGCGCCGGUUUGUGCCGAGCACAUGCGAACAACUUGCCACGAUUGCUUGCAAAGCUACAACUGCGACUCACAAGGCGAAUACAGCCCCGAAGUCUGGUACGAUUCAAAGGAGCCGCGUAGAACGGAUAUCUACUUUGGGAAACACGCGCUAUUCAUCCCUCAAAUCGACACACAUCUAGGGCUCACGGCCGGCCUGAAUGCUAACAGCACGAAUAUCGGAAAGUUCAACGUGUUGGAGGAUAUCGAGUUCAACAGCAACAAUCUAAUCUUGCCUCCGCCCAUGGCACCCGACAAAGAAUGGUGUGUGGAAUGUCCAAAGUGCAAUCUUAUGUGGAUGGUUGGCGUUGAAGGGCUCUACUCGGCGGCAAGCCACCCAGCCCACCGGGUCAUGAGGGAUAAGCGCACUCUUGUCUGCUGGGCAGGCGUCCAGCCUCUGGGAGAGUUUGACAGACAGUCAGAAGUGGAAUACCGCGCAGCCUACUACUUUGGUCAUUUGUCAAAAUUCAACGGUUCGACCAAAGAUGACAGCCCCAACAAAGCACUGCUCACCACAAUCAUCGAAAUGCUGCGCAAAGUUCGUUUUUCCGUGUUACCAGAACGAUGUGCUUUGAUUGCCGAGGCGGCCAAGAGCAACAGUGAGGUUUUCUUGGAAAAGGCACGCAUCUUCCGCCUCGUCGUCAUGGUUUCAGAUCCCGAUUUCAUCGAUUUCAUCGUAGCCAUGCGCACGUGCGUCUGGUGGAAGCCUCAGUUCCAGACUUGGAGAACCCUAGAUGGGGAAAUGAUGGAUUGCACAUACAAGCUUGGCUCAUACGACUUGUUGCAUGAAAUUGAAGAGGAGAUCGAAGCCCUCUCGCAGAUUGGUAUCCUUGUCAAAUGGUAUCCCGUCCACGAGUCGAUCAAUAUAGCAACGAAUCUCAAUUUGACACAACUCAAGGGCAAAGAAGCUCUCAGACCGCAAAAUUCGUCCGUUGCAAUGCCCAGCAAACCGUCCAGCAAACUGCCCAGCGAACUACAGGGCAAGGUGAAAGCCGCACCCAGUGUGGCAUAUCCAAUGGUCCUCCCCAGCGUCGAGAAGGAGACGGAUUCCAGUACAGAAGCAAGAAAACCGCAGACUCCUUUCAUAGACAUGCCUAUUUCACGAAAGAGGAAGUCCGACCCUGUUAAGAAUGGCACCAGUAGCCCACCAAAGAAGACAAAAUCCGAAUCCAUCGACUUGGACGACUUGAACGACUGGAACCGCUUCAAGCACGUGCCUAUUGAAACGCUGAGGAACUUCCAAAAAGACAUGAGUGAGUUAGAAGAGAAGGCAAAUUCCAUACCCAUCCACUUUAAGCAAUGGGACAGCACCAUGAAGGUGCCUAGUUCACAGCCAAGGAAACCCGAAAAUGCUGAAGAAGGCACCGGCAGCUCAAAAAAGAACAUCCAAUUCCAAAAUAUGGACUGGAGCAGCUUUGCCGACGAAAUGCUCAACGCGAGCGGCCUCAGCCCUGAAAUUACCAAUAGGGCAAGGGCUGAAUUCAAUAUUGUUAGUGCAUCUACAAGUGGUCAUGCGACUGCCACAAAGGGAAGCACCAGCCCUAAAUUUGCCAAUGUAUCUAUGGGCGAAGACGUUGGUGACGACGAUGUAGGUGGCAUUGACGACGUUGGUGGCAAUGACGAUGAUCGCCCUAAAAGCGACUGCGAUAAUGACCACGAUGAUUGCCCCGAUAGCGAGUUCGAUUAUGAAGACGAGGUCUCUGAUGACUCUAGCUCUGAGGACUCUAGCUCUACAAGCGAGUCUGCGGCAUGGUCUGAACAUGUUCAAGAGCUCAGAGAACAUUCAAAAUGCAUAGAAAUUGGACGUUCAAACUCUGGAAGAGGCUCCGGCGACCUUAUCGAUCAUGAGGUAUAUGAAAGGUUCUGGAGUGACAUAGAUGCCUAUUCCCCUGCCUCGGAGUCCGUACUUUCAAAGCACCAAGCAGAGACAUCUGACGAUGGUUCUCGUGAAGUCCUUCCAACUCCAACUCCGACAAUUGACGCCUCGCAGUUGAUGCAACGGGAUCUUGCGUCUCAGACUUUUACUGUCGCUGCGGUAUUAGCUAAGAAGCAAGCUGCCGAGGAAGAGGACGAGAUUUUCAGAGAGCAAGACAAAUUUUCAAAAGAGAAAGCAGACACAGGAGACGCGGGAAAGGAGCCUUAG